AUUAAUUGAUGUGCAAUGUUGAAAACUGUCUCUCCCGCUUUUCCUCUCCUCCCGUCAGGCACCACCCGCUACCCGCGCGCGGGGCGGUGGCGGCCGCCAUCUUGGCUGAGGGCAGACGCGGCUUCGCGCCGGCCCAGCCGGGCAGGGAGCUUGGAGGCGCCAUCUUGGCUGAGGGCACGGCCGCGGGAGCAGGGAAUAGCCGGGAAUCCGUGCGGCCAUGGGGAGGAUCGGGCUGCAGCUCCGCGCCACGCUGGAGAACAUCACCCGGCUGCGGGCCGAGGGCGAGGACUUCCGAUGCUGAAAUGUGGGAACUGCGGUGAAGUCUCCGAAAAGUGGCAGUACCUGCGGCUGAUGGACAGUGCUCCCCUGAAGGGCGGCCGAGGAAGCGCCACGAUGGUGCAGAAGUGCAAGCUGUGCUCCAGGGAGAACUCCAUCGAUAUUUUAAGUCAGACAAUCAAGCCUUACAAUGCUGAAGACAGCGAGAAAUUCAAAACCAUUGUGGAGUUUGAAUGCCGAGGUCUGGAACCAGUUGACUUUCAACCACAGGCAGGGUUUGCUGCUGAAGGCGCAGAAUCUGGCACACCUUUCAAUGACAUAAACUUGUUAGAAAAGGAUUGGAAUGACUAUGAUGAAAAAACAAAGGAAUCUGUUGGAAUCUAUGAAGUUACCCAUAAAUUUGUCAAAUGCUGAAGUUCAUGCCUGUGACAAAUUAUGGCAGAGUUAUUGAUGGAGGAGCUGUAAACAUCAGAUAUGCAGCUUCCUUGGAGUUACUUUUUCACAUGGCUGCCAUUCAGAAAUGGAAACCUAAGUUGACAGAAUCAUUUAGGUUGGAAAUGACCUCCAAGACUGAGUUCAACCUUUGACCGACAUUGCUGAGCUGUACUUUCCAUGCCCUAAUAAAAUAUUUCCCAUGGA